GUCAUGGUGUGGCUUCCGGGGGGUGCCUUCCAGACUGGCUCAGCCUCCAUCUUCGAUGGGUCCGCCCUCGCUGCCUACGAGGAUGUGCUGGUUGUGACUACCCAGUACCGGCUAGGAAUGUUUGGCUUCUUCAACACAGGGGACAAGCACGCGCCGGGGAACUGGGCCUUCAUGGACCAGCUGGCCGCCCUGACCUGGGUCCAGGAGAACAUCGAGUUCUUUGGUGGGGACCCACGCUCCGUGACCAUCUUCGGCGAGUCGGCGGGAGCCAUAAGUGUGUCCAGCCUUAUCCUGUCCCCGCUGGCCCAGGACUUGUUCCACAAAGCCAUCAUGGAGAGCGGGGUGGCCAUCCUCCCCUACCUGAAGGCCCCGGAGGAAAAGCGGAAUGAGGAUUUGCAGAUGAUUGCAAAUAUCUGCGGCUGCAGAGCGGACAACUCCGAGGCCCUGCUGCGGUGCCUGAGGGCAAAGUCCUCCCAGGAGCUGCUGGGCAUCGGCCAGGUCGCCAAGUCUUUCACGCGAAUGGUUGAUGGUUUUUUCUUUCCUGACGAGCCUCUAGAACUGCUGAUUAAAAAAACGUUCCGCUCAGUUCCUUCUAUCAUCGGGGUCAAUAACCACGAGUGUGGCUUCCUGCUGCCCAUG